CAUGAUGGCCAAGCGAGUCAAGGAAGCUGGAAUGGAGCUGUCCGAGCCUUCGGAAAGCGAUGGAGCCUCAUCGUCUAGUUCCAGCGAGCGGAAGGAACCAAAAGAAGCACCUCCAAAGAUGAUCGAUAUGAUAGUCGAUGCAAUGAAUAAUCUGAAUGACAGACGAGGUGCGUCUCCCGUCUAUCUGAAAAAAUUCAUUCUAGGCAAGUAUCCCGAAAUGAACACACGGCUGUUCAAAGCGAAGUUUAAGAGGACUUUUGUUAAGGCCCUGCAGAACAACAUUUUGGUGAGGACUAAAGCAACAGAACAUGCUGAAGGAGUAACCGGGAGAGUGAAGCUGGCGACAAAGGUGAAACCUCGCAAAAAACCAAGGGCCCCGGCGGAGAGGCGAAGGCAGCCAAGGGCCCCGGUGGAGAGGCGAAGGCAGCCAAGGACCCUGGCGGAGAGAAGGCCAAAAAGGGCCCCGGCGGAAAGGCGAAGGCAUCUAAAGGCGCUGAUGUGGAAGCGAAGGGUCGUGAGGGUGCUGGCUAGGAAGGGCGCUGUGGGUGAAGCAAAUACCAAGGCUUCGACCAUCGGUAAGACGAAGACUGGCGGGAUGGCUACUGGCAGUGCAAAAAACCGAAGUGCUGCUACCGCUGACAGCGAGAAAGUCAAAACAGGUACGGCCGGUUUGGCGAAGACCAAAGCGCGUGCAGCUGGCAAGGAAAAAACCACGGGCAAAAUCGUUGAGGCUCCCGAGUCCUCCAGCGAACGUGAAGAGGCGGCCAAGUGCACCAGCGAAGACGAGGAAGAAGAUGCCGCGCAGUUCAGCGACGGGCAGGAGAUGGCGAAUAAGUCCAACACCGAAAGCGAGGACGAUGCCGAACGCUCUAGCGAAGAUGAGGAGGAGACGUCACCUACCACAAGAGGCAAGAAAGUGCACGAAGAUCGCAGUGAAAACGAGAUGGAGGAUUCCUCUAGCGAAGGUGAGAUGGAGGAGCUUUCUAGUGAAGGUAACAUGGAGAUUCCAGCUAACGAACGAGAUGUCGACUCAAGUGACUCGACCUCAAGAAAAGGUAGGCACGGCGAAGGAAUUCCUGCCACUGGCGCGCAAUCAAGCACGGAUAAAGUGAAAGGUGCGAAGAUGGUGAAGCGCCGGGAGCACGUAGAAACUCUCGAAAAAUUCUCAGCCUGA